UUUCUCGUGGAACGCGGUGUAUCGCAGUGAGGAGUUGAUACAUUGUUUCAAAGGGAGAUAAUAGUGUAACGAAGAGGAGGACACGUUGUAUCAGACGGAGAUACUGUGUAACCCUCGGCCAGCUCAGAGCUGCUACCACCAGCAAAACUCACUAUGAACGAGGAGCAGUUUGUUAAUAUUGACCUAAAUGAUGACGAUAUCUGCAGUGUCUGUAAACUUGAGACUGCAAAGGAGCUGCUUUCUUUUUGCCAUGUCUGCUUUGAGCUCAGCAUCGAAGGGGUGGCCAGGGAAAAUCUCCUCCACACUGAAUCAGUACACGGCCACAGAGAGUGCUUUGAAAAAUUUCACCUCAUCGCCAACCAGGACCUCCCCCAGCCAAGAGUAUCAAAGAGCACCUACAGAGAUGUGAAGGAGAUCCUGAGCAGGAAGAUCAGCCGCAUUAUUCAGUACGCACAAAACCAGCACUCGCGCCCUGACCUCCGGGAGUGUGGGCGGGAGCAGGUCAAGGGUCACGACCACCAGCCAAGCGCACUCAGGACACACUUGCCCCAGGUGAAUGGCCUGCAGUUACCACAGUACUCCCCACGCUGGCUAAAUGGGAGCUCACCGGGCUACUCCAAGUGCGGGCAGGGGAUUUUGGAGCAGGAUGUGCCAUCACACUUCCGUCAGGGGAUGCUGGGGGUGUCUGUCGAAAGAUUUCGUGGUUUAGAUGUUCACUGGCCACCUAAGGAGCGGGGGCACGGGACAGAAUCUCCACUCGCUGCAGGAAACCACAGCAGGGUGGAGGCCAGCUGUCAUCGGCACUACACCCAGGAGGAAUUGAGUGCCAUGUCGGUGGAUGAUCUGCUGCCAUUGAAUGAACAGCUCCUCAAACAAAUCAAAGUGGUCUUUGAGGAUCUUGCACAGGAAUUGGAAAAGAAAGACUCUCUGUCCUCCGAACUACACGUACGCUACAUCGCCAUUGAGCAGCUGUUCAAGAACAGGGAGAAGCUACCCUGGCUGCGAGUGGGACAAGGAGGGAUCAAACCCAAUGCUCCCCUCGAUAACUGACUCUCAACCAAUGGAUUGGAAAUCAGCUUUGCAUCAAAUAAGCUUCCCAACAGUGUCAAGUUGGACUCUGCUGUGGGGAGGUGUUUUGUAUGUUACGUUACAUUUAUAUUUGCAUAAGGUGGGAAAAAAGUAAUUUAUUUUGCAUACUGGUUUGAGUGUUUCUCCUUUUCUUAAGACUUUGUUUUUCUUCUUGAAACCCUGUGUGGCUGACUAGCCUUUAUUGUGGCACCUCCAACAGUUCAUUCUGCGCAACCAAGUGUAAUUUGGGGAAUUUUGCGUCGAAGAUGACAGGGAGGUUUAAGCAAGGACGAACUGAAUGCAGGUGACCGAGCUCCGAAUUUUGCUCUGUGGUCAGGGAUAGGCUGGUGAAAUUUCCAAGGUUCCACUACUCAGUACCAACGUGGUUUGAAUUUUUGGACAUUACCCCCACCCCUACUCAUUUUCCACAAGAUCUAGCAGCAACAAGUUCAUACAGGGCUGUGAUGCGCACUGCGUGCCAUUGCUUGAGAGCCUGAAGAUCCCUGGAGGCCAAGGCAAUUGAGACACGUACCCUAAUUAAAGUUUGCAUUUUGUUUAUGGCACCCUAUCUUAGCAGGUCCUGUUGUGUGAAAGCAAUGCUGGAAGCCAGUACUUCAGCCUCACUGGCACUCCACUUUGUGUUUGUCUCUGUGUGAUGUGGCUGUGUGAUCUAUUAUUCUAAUUGUUCAUAAAAUGGGCAAGUCCCAAUACAGACCACGUGUGGUGCAUUCAACCAUACCCUCGUACUUGACAUGUUUGGUGCGAAGCUGAGGUUGCCAUUGAAGGACACCCCUUCUCAAUUUCUCCCCUUGCCGGAGAUGUUUAUACAUUGCCUGAAUUAUUUUGUGGUGACCCUCCGGGUUAAACCAUCACUAGUUGUGUUUCUCAUGCUCUCUCGCACUCCAAGCAGCCCUACACCCAGGUAAGACUGCAGUGACUGUACCUUUACUGACUCAGACCAGAGGCUGAGACCCAGAGCUAGGUCAGCUGCAUACAACAAGAUCUUUCUAUUGAAAGACCCAGAAAAAGCUGAAUGCAAGAUGGAUGGAAUGACCGUUGGAAUUGUGAUGAGCCCUGUAUAAGACACCAGACUGUACUCUCUAAGCAGCUUCUGAAGCUACACAAGGAAACUCUCUAGUUGCCUCUCACUAGAUCUGGCUCAGGCACCCCUGACUUUAAGCUUCCAUGUCAGUGCUAUAGUCGUGGAUUUGCUAUAAAUCUGUUUCUGCCAACAACGUGGCUCUUUUUUUUAAAAGCUAUCUUCCAAGAGCCAAGUUUGGGCAUUUUGAACCCACAGUGAGGGGAAGCAGAACCAGAACUUGUAGGGUUAGUAAGAAUCUGAAGAUUUAAAAAAAAAUCUUAAGAAGGAAAAGGUCCUUUUUCACAACCUCAGGGCAUUCCUCAAACGCACUACAGCUAGUAACAUGCCUUUUUGAUGUGUCAGAAAUUGUCUGAACAAUUAAUGCAGUGUGCCUCCCUGUUGGAUGCCAGGCCAGUUUCUAGCUAUCAUUUUUUUGGAGGUUUUUUAAUUGGAUUGGGUUGAUUUGUGUUGGAGGAAGGUGGUGAGUGACUCUGUGAGAAGGUCAUGAGAGCUUAGGGAUGCACUCUGUCUGCUAUGAAGUGGAAGGGAGAAUUUUGCUGGUCUCUACCUCCUUUUGUUUAUACAUUUCUGCCAGAACUGCUGUCCUCGGGAGCUGCUGGCUGCAGUGAAAUGUUUAAGCUCCUCUAUCCUCUUCCAACGGUGAUAACAAAAGGAGCCAUCGAUUAGCACAGUGACCCUGUUCCUACAGCCAUACCUGGGCGACCUCAAUUGCCAAUUGCCCACCAACAUGUGAAUAAAGUGGACCGUUACAGCAUGGAAGAGGGCCAUUUGGCCCAUCAUAUCAGUGAUGGCUCUUCUUUUUAAACAUUCUUUUGUGGGCACUGAUGUCACUCCUGGCAGUGCCAACAUUUGUUACCCAGCCGCCCUCUAAGGGAAUUUUGAGUCAACCAUAUCUUUGUGGUCUGGAGUUGCAAGUAGGCCAGACUGGAUAAGAAUUGCACAUUUCCUUCCCUUGGAGAAUUCCCUAGAGAACUAGAGAGCUUUACGGCAAUAAAUGGGAUUACAGUAGAUGCUUGAUGACUGACAUGGACAUGAUGGACUGAAGGGCCUCGUUUCAUGCGGUUAAACGCUGACUCUGAUAGUUUCAUGGUCUUCAUUACUGAGACUAGCUUCCAAUUUUGGAUUUUCUUCUGCCUAUUCCAGGAAGUCACCUGGGAGCAUUUCCUGCCUUCUCCCUGUACCAUUGUGUGUUUUUCAUUUUCAGAUAAUGGUCCUUUUUAAAAUCCUCAAUUGAAUCUGCUUCCCCCACAUGCUCAGUCGUAAUCAUUAAUGAUUUAUGCCUUUUGCCAGUCACCUUUUUUAAUCUGUGCCCUCUGGUUGUCGAGUGGGAAUGGUUUUCCCUGGUCUGCUCUAUCCACGUUCCUCCAGAUUCCGAGCAUCUCCACAUGACCUCCAUCAAACUUCCCUCCUCCAAGGAGAACGCACCCAACUUCUCCAACCCAUCCAUGUAACUGAAGUAACAGUGAGUAAAGUCACCAUUGCCCCAGAAGAUCAGAGCGAGAGAGACCGACAACUAGUGGUGUUUUAACCCAAGGGUCACCUUGGGCGAGGGGAGAGGCUGACAAUGGAGGACCUCCCGUGGUAACCUCAGCUGGUCUAGGCAAUUAAACCUGCCUUCCACAUAACUGAGCUAACUGACCACACCUGUGGCGUGGGAUCGAUUGGUCAAGCUUUCAUUGAUCUGAGGCUCAAUAGCCUCCUGCUGUUCCAAUGGUGUUGGUAGGUGAUGCUGAUUUUUUUUUUGAGGAUUGAAAGCCCAAGCAUGUGGAAGAGGAGGGAAGAAUACCGCAGAGUGCAAAGCUGGUGUUUCUAACUCUGCUGUCAGACUAAUGAGUUGCCCAUUGUUGCUGUCUGUUUAAACUUGGCCCCUGCAGCAAAUUCUUGCAGUGAGCCUCCAACUAGAGUUUCUUAAACCACUGCCUGUUUCACAUUUCACUGUAUCUUUUGCAUGAAGUUAGGUAAAGUAUUUGUGUAGCAACCGUGCCCACUGUUUGAGUGGGUGGAAAAGGAAGAUGCGUAGAUGUAGUUUGCAGGGGCUUCAUGUCGAGAAACCCCACAAUCCGAAGAUGGAAGUGAAAUACGACGGAUUCUGGGAACUUGAAAUUAAAUGUGGGAAGUGUUCGAAAUUCCAGCAAGUCAAGUAGCACUUGUUGGAUAGACGAGAGACUGUUAAUGUGUCAGUUGGUCUUUCCUGAAAACUGUAUGUGCAUCUGUUUUUCUGUGGAAGCAGCCUGCUCUGCUUACUGUUUGCAGCACUUUCCAAUUUCAGUCUUUGUAUUUUGUAAGGUGAUUUUGAGCUGAAUCUGUGAUGUUGAUAUUUUCUUUCUUAUUGUUUUCUAGAUGUAGAGGUUUUGUAUUUUUUGUAUUGUGCUGGUCAGGUGUGAUUUGGAGGCUUGAAAGCACAACACUUUUCAUAAACUACAGCCCUGGAGUGUGUCUGGAACACAUUCGUUGAACCUCCCCACCUGGCCGAAAGGAAAGCACUCAUUUAGGAAUGCAGUGAAUUCAGUGACUUCGGUAGAGUGCGAGCCUUCUUUUGGAUUGGGGUGUUUGUGCCUUCAUCAGAUCACACUGUGCAAGAACAAGGCUGUUUCAGGGAGUAUCCAAACCCAGCAACUUUGUACACUUGCAGUAUCUUUAUUCAAAGGUCACACACAGAUUCCACAUUUGCUGUGGGUUUCCUCAGGAUUUUCAGUCUGAAUUUCAGACUCCUGUCUCUUCUCGUGUAGAGUUUCGUGUUGACUUGUCACUUUUGUCUUAUUUUUGUUGCUUUUGAUGGCGAUAGUAUUCUGGGUUCACUUUGGAUAAAUGCCCAUAAGUAGCAUUGAGCCUCCAAGGGGCAAUAUCCCAAUUUCAAUCCCACGUUCUCAGCCACAGAUGGGUUCAAUAAAACAAAAACACACACUCGGCCCUUUCUGACGCGUUCGUACUGUCUGAAAUACAGAGCAGCCAUGUGAAUUUGUGAAGUGUGGGUAUUUUGUAAGAAUCCAAUUAUCCUGAGCUGCCUCCCCCUCUUUUUUUUGAGACUGCUCCACCAGCAAGGUCUUCAGGAAAAGUAGAGAGAUUUUCCUCGAAGCGCUCCUCGAAAUUAGUAAUAGGGAGUGCUGCACACACGUGUGAACCACUGCCAUUUUCUCCAGUUUGUUAGGACAGGAUAUUGCUGGGGAUUGCUGACCUGUGUUGACUAGAUCCUGGCUUAGGUUAAGAUAUUUGUGUGGUCUGUUCUGCAAACUCAGUGGUUGCUCCCCCGCUGCUGGGGAGGACUUAGCAAUUACAUUUCCUCAGUCUUGCAUUUUUUUUUACACUUGUGUUGUAUAAAGUCAAACUCUAUACUGGAAAAUAGAUUUUUAAAUAAAGAAUAUUUUCUUA